UUAAAAAGAAAUAUGAAGGGCAAAAGGGAAAAGUACGAUAAAUGAUAAGCCCAAGUUGAAGAUUAACGUCUCUCUCGAUGACUGUGAAGCUACAAUAUCUACUCGAACAGCUGCAGGUAGAGCAGAGUAUCUAGAACCAGAGAAAAUGAUAACACAGAGCUUGGUUGCUCGUCCUUCUGUAUUUCCAAUUUUUUCUUUUGAUCACCAUUGCCAAGCAUCUGUACAGUUUAGUACGUUGAAUUGCAGGUUUGAAAGAGCAAGAAGAAAACUCAAGGUUACUCGACUGAAGGCAAGUUUUUGGGACUCCAUCAGAUCUGGGUUCUUAAAGGAGAACUCAACACAAGUUGUUGAACCACCAUCCACGCUGCAAGAAGAGGAAGAACCACUGCCUGAAGAGUUCAUUCUUGUGGAAAAUACUAAACCAGAUGGAGAAGUUGAGCAAAUAAUAUUCUCCUCAGGUGGAGAUGUUGAUGUGUAUGAUCUCCAAGCCCUAUGUGACAAGGUAGGUUGGCCCAGAAGGCCACUGCCCAAAUUAGCUGCAGCUUUGAAAAAUAGCUACAUGGUAGUCACAUUGCAUUCCAUAAGGAAAUCACCUGGGUCAGAGGGGAUUGACCAAAAGAUGCUAAUUGGGAUGGCCCGUGCUACAUCUGAUCAUGCCUUCAAUGCUACCAUUUGGGAUGUUCUCGUUGAUCCUAACUACCAGGGCCAAGGUCUCGGCAAGGCUCUUAUUGAAAAGCUUAUUAGGGCUCUUCUACAAAGGGACAUCGGCAACAUAACACUUUUUGCAGAUAGUCAAGUUGUGGAGUUCUAUCGGAAUUUAGGAUUUCAACCUGACCCAGAGGGUAUUAAAGGUAUGUUCUGGUACCCAAAGUAUUAGCUGUCUUGUGAGGAACUCAGGUAUAUUCACGUGUCAAUAGAUGGGUUCAUAAGAAAUGUGAGGGAACAUGUAUAUUUAUUUUAGUUACAACUACAAAACUGUAUUUUUCUUCUUUUUUCCUCUCUUGAAACCUUUAUGAUCUGUGAAUCUGUAUAUUGUUGAACUGGUUUUAAUAGAGCAGUUGAUUUUUCUGCUCAAUAGUAACAUCCACUUACUCCUGAUUCCUGUGCUUGUGUUUGAUGCAA